AGGCCCCAAGGAAAGGCUGGCCUCCUGUCUGAAAGGCCAACUUAGAGUGGGAGGGCCUGGAAGUGGAAGGUAAAAAGGGAGUGGUGAGAAUGGGUGUGGGAAGGAAGCCAGGACAGCGCAGCCCUCAGUCCCGACACGCUGGGGACAGGAGGUGGCCAGCGCUGUGGGGCUGGCCCCAGCCGGGUCUGCCUUUCGAUGCUCAGCUUUAAGCUCCAUCUUUUCUAAAUUCUUCAGCCAGGGCCUCUGGGGAGAAAGAGAGAAAGCGAGCAGAGGGGAAGAGAGUAAGAGGAGAGAGAAAGAGAGGGAGAAAGAGAGAGAGUCACUCGCUUACUCUCUCACUCUCCCUUUUUUUACUAAGUUCCUCUUUGGGCUGCCUUGAGUUCCCACAUCUGGAAACCGCAAACGCAGAGAAGGUCAAAUAAACGAGGCCCCGCCGCAUCACGGGGUGGGGGGGACCGACGAGGACAGACAGUUGCUGAGCCCCUGGAAGAGCCCUGUCGGAUGUCAGCGGAGAGAUGGCUUUGAGCUCAGCCUGGCACUCAGUCCUGCCUCUGUGGCUCCUCUGGGGCGCUGCCUGCUCCGGCGCGGCGUCCGGAGACGACAGCGCUUUUCCUUUUGACAUUGAAGGGAGCUCAGCGAUCGGCAGACAAGACCCGCCUGAAACGAGCGUGCCCCGCGUGGCUCCCGGAAGCCUGCCGCCUGCUGCCAAGAAAUGUGAUGCUGGAUUCUUUCUGGCCCAGUCAGGAGAGUGUUCGCCCUGUGACUGUAACGGGAAUUCCAACGAGUGCUUGGACGGCUCAGGAUUCUGUGUGCACUGUCAGCGGAACACGACAGGAGAGCACUGUGAGAAAUGUCUCGAUGGUUAUAUCGGAGAUUCCAUCAGGGGAGCCCCCCGGUUCUGCCAGCCGUGCCCCUGUCCCCUGCCCCACGUGGCCAAUUUUGCAGAAUCCUGCUAUAGGAAAAAUGGAGCUGUUCGAUGUAUUUGUAAAGAAAACUACGCUGGACCUAACUGUGAAAGGUGUGCUCCUGGUUACUAUGGAAACCCCUUGCUGAUUGGAAGCACCUGUAAGAAAUGUGACUGCAAUGGAAAUUCAGAUCCCAACCUGAUCUUCGAAGAUUGUGAUGAGGUUACUGGCCAGUGUAGGAAUUGCUUACGCAACACCACAGGGUUUAAGUGUGAACGCUGUGCCCCUGGCUACUAUGGGGAUGCCAGAAUAGCCAAGAACUGUGCAGUGUGCAAUUGUGGGGGAGGUCCAUGUGACAGCGUAACCGGAGAAUGCCUGGAAAGUUUUGAAGCCCCUACAGGCACGGACUGCCCAACCAUAAGCUGUGAUAAGUGCAUCUGGGAUCUGACUGAUGACCUUCGGUUAGCGGCGCUCUCCAUUGAGGAAAGCAAAUCCAGUCUGCUGAGCGUGUCAUCUGGGGCCGCGGCUCAGAGGCACGUGAAUGAAAUCAACUCCACCAUCUACGUCCUCAAAACAAAAUUGUCGGAAAGAGAAAACCAGUAUGUCCUAAGAAAGAUCCAAAUCAACAAUGCUGAGAACACAAUGAAAAGCCUUCUGUCUGACAUGGAGGAAUUAGCUGAAACGGAAAGUCAAGCCUCAAGAAAGAGUGAACUGGCUCAGAAGGAAAGCAUGGAUACCAUUAACCACGCAACUCAGCUUGUAGAGCAAGCCCACAGUAUGAGGGAUAAAAUCCAAGAGAUCAACAACAAGAUGAUCUAUUACGCAGAGGAGGAAGAACUUAGCUCUGAGGAGAUGUCUGAGAAGCUGGUGUUGGCCCAGAAGAUGCUUGAGGAGAUUAGACGCCGUCAACCAUUCUUCACUCAACGGGAGCUUGUGGAUGAGGAGGCAGAUGAAGCCCAUGAACUGUUGAGCCAGGCUGAGAGCUGGCAGCGGCUGUACAAUGACACUCGCUCUCUGUUUCCUGUCGUCCUGGAGCAGCUGGACGACUACCAUGCUAAGUUGUCAGACCUCCAGGAAUCACUUGACCAGGCCCUUAACCGUGUCAGGGAUGCAGAAGAUAUGAACAGAGCCACAGCAGCCAGGCAGCGGGACCACGAGAAACAACAUGAGAGAGUGAGGGAACAGAUGGAAGGAGUGAACGCUUCUCUGAGGACGUCUUCAGAUUCUCUGACAACGCCUCGUCUGACCCUCUCAGAAUUUGAUGAUAUGAUAAAGAAUGCAUCAGGGAUUUAUGCCGAAAUAGAUGGAGCCAAAAAUGAACUACAAGGAAAACUAUCCAACUUAAGUAACCUCAGUCAUGAUUUAGUCCAAGAAGCUGUUGACCAUGCACAGAACCUUCAACAAGAGGCUGAUGAAUUGAGCAGGAAUUUGCACAGUUCAGAUACAAAUGGGCUGGUACAGAAGGCCUUGGACGCUUCAAACGUCUAUGAAAAGAUUGCCAAUUAUGUUAGUGAAGCCAAUGAAACGGCAGAACUGGCUUUGAACAUCACCGACCGAAUUUAUGAUGCUGUGAGCGGGAUUGAUACUCAGAUCAUUUACCAUAAAGACGAAAGCGAGAACCUCCUCAAUCAAGCGAGAGAACUGCAAGCAAGGGCAGAUUCUAGCAACGAAGAGGCAGUGGCGGACACCAGUAGGCGUGUGGGUGGAGCCCUAGCAAGGAAGAGUGCCCUUAAAACCAGGUUAAAUGAUGCCAUUAAGCGACUACAAGCCACAGAGAGGGGUGACGUUCAGCAGCGCCUGAAUCAGUCCAAGCUGAUCACCGAGGAAGCCAACAAGACCACAAUGGAAGUCCAGCAGGCAACCGCCCCGAUGGCUGACAGUCUAACCAACUGGUCACAGAAUCUUCAAAGUUUUGACUCUUCUGCUUACAACACUGCAGUGGAUUCUGCCAGAGAUGCAGUAAGAAAUCUGACAGAGGUUGUCCCUCAGCUCCUGGAUCAGCUUCGUACUGUCGAGCAGAAGCGGCCUGCAAGCAACGUUUCUGCCAGCAUCCAGAGGAUCCGAGAGCUCAUUGCUCAGACCAGAAGUGUCGCCAGCAAGAUCCAAGUCUCCAUGAUGUUUGACGGCCAGUCAGCAGUCGAAGUGCACCCGAAAACCAGUAUGGAUGACUUGAAGACCUUCACAUCCCUGAGCCUGUACAUGAAACCUCCUCCUGCGAAGCAGCCAGCACUGGCUGGGACUGCGGAUCAGUUCAUCCUGUACCUCGGAAGCAGAACCGCCAAAAAAGAGUACAUGGGUCUUGCAAUCAAAAAUGAUAACCUGGUGUACGUUUAUAAUUUGGGAACUAAGGAUGUAGAGAUUCCUCUGGACUCCAAGCCUGUCAGUUCCUGGCCUGCUCACUUCAGCAUUGUCAAGAUUGAAAGGGUAGGAAAACAUGGAAAGGUGUUUUUAACAGUCCCAAGUCUAAGUAGCACCGCAGAGGAAAAGUUUAUUAAAAAGGGGGAAUUUGCAGGAGAUGACUCCUUGUUGGAUCUGGACCCUGAGGACACUGUGUUUUAUGUUGGUGGAGUGCCUUCAAACUUCAAGCUCCCUGCCAGCUUAAACCUGCCUGGCUUCGUUGGCUGCCUGGAGUUGGCAACUUUGAAUAAUGAUGUGAUCAGCUUGUACAACUUUAAGCACAUCUAUAAUAUGGAUCCCUCCAAGUCAGUGCCCUGCGCCAGAGAUAAACUGGCUUUCACUCAGAGUCGGGCUGCCAGUUACUUCUUCGAUGGCUCUAGCUAUGCUGUGGUGAGGGACAUCACAAGGAGAGGGAAGUUUGGUCAGGUGACUCGCUUUGACAUAGAAGUUCGAACCCCAGCUGACAAUGGCCUUGUGCUCCUGAUGGUCAAUGGAAGCAUGUUUUUCAGCCUGGAAAUGCGCAAUGGUUACCUACACGUGUUCUAUGACUUCGGAUUUAGCAAUGGCCCUGUGCAUCUUGAAGACACGUUGAAGAAAGCUCAAAUUAAUGAUGCAAAAUACCAUGAGAUCUCGAUCAUUUACCACAAUGAUAAGAAAAUGAUUUUGGUGGUUGACAGACGACAUGUCAAAAGCAUGGAUAAUGAAAAGAUGAAAAUACCUUUUACAGACAUAUACAUUGGAGGCGCUCCCCAAGAAAUCUUACAAUCCAGGACCCUAAGAGCCCACCUUCCCCUAGAUAUCAACUUCAGAGGAUGCAUGAAGGGUUUCCAGUUCCAGAAGAAAGAUUUCAAUUUAUUAGAACAGACAGAAACCCUGGGAAUUGGUUAUGGAUGCCCAGAAGACUCUCUUAUAUCUCGCAGAGCAUAUUUCAAUGGACAGAGUUUCAUUGCCUCAACUCAGAAAAUAUCUUUCUUUGAUGGCUUUGAAGGAGGUUUCAAUUUCCGAACAUUACAGCCAAAUGGGUUACUAUUCUAUUAUGCUUCAGGAUCAGACGUGUUCUCCAUUUCGUUGGAUAAUGGCACCGUGAUCAUGGAUGUAAAGGGGAUCAAGGUGCAGUCAGCAGAUAAGCAGUACAAUGACGGGCUGUCCCACUUCAUCAUUACCUCUGUCUCACCGGCAAGAUAUGAACUGAUAGUAGAUAAAAGCAGACUUGGCAGUAAGAACCCCACCAAAGGGAGAGCCGAACAGACACAAGCAGGUGAAAAGAAGUUUUACUUCGGUGGCUCGCCCAUCAGUCCCCAGUAUGCUAAUUUCACUGGCUGCAUAAGUAAUGCCUACUUUACCAGGUUGGAUAGAGAUGUGGAGGUCGAAGAUUUCCAGCGGUAUUCUGAAAAGGUCCACACUUCUCUUUAUGAGUGUCCCAUUGAAUCUUCACCAUUGUUUCUCCUUCAAAAAAAAGGAAAAAAUUCCUCAAAGCCUAAAACAAGUCAGAGUAAAAAGGGAGGAAAAAGUAAAGAUGCACCUUCAUGGGAUCCUGUUGGCCUGAAAUUCCUAGAGCGGAAUGCUCCAAGAGACUCUCACUGCCACCUUUCCAACAGACCGAGAGCAAUAGAGCAUGCCUAUCAAUAUGGAGGGACUGCCAAUAGCCGCCAAGAGUUUGAACACUUAAAAGGAGAUUUUGGUGAAAAAUCUCAGUUUUCCAUUCGUCUGAAAACUCGCUCCUCCCAUGGGAUGAUUUUCUAUGUCUCAGAUCAAGACGAGAAUGACUUCAUGACCCUAUUCUUAGCCCAUGGCCGCUUGGUUUUCAUGUUUAAUGUUGGCCACAAGAAACUGAAGAUUAGAAGCCAAGAGAAAUACAAUGAUGGAUUGUGGCACGAUGUGAUAUUUAUUCGAGAAAAGAGCAGCGGCCGACUGGUAAUUGAUGGUCUUCGAGUCCUAGAAGAAAGUCUGCCUCCUACUAGAGCUGCCUGGAAAAUCAAGGGUCCUAUUUACUUGGGAGGUGUGGCUCCUGGAAGGGCUGUGAAAAAUGUCCAGAUAAACUCAGUCUACAGUUUCAGUGGCUGUCUCAGCAAUCUGCAGCUCAAUGGGGCCUCCAUCACCUCUGCAUCUCAGACAUUUAGCGUGACUCCUUGUUUCGAAGGUCCAAUGGAAACAGGAACAUACUUUUCCACAGAAGGAGGAUACGUGGUUCUAGAUGAGUCUUUCAAUAUUGGGCUGAAGUUUGAGAUUGCAUUUGAAGUCCGUCCCAGAAGCAGUUCCGGAACCCUUGUUCACGGCCACAGUGUCAAUGGGGAGUACCUAAAUGUUCACAUGAAAAACGGGCAGGUCAUAGUGAAAGUCAACAAUGGCAUCAGAGACUUUUCCACCUCAGUGACACCCAAGCAGAGUCUCUGUGAUGGCAGAUGGCACAGAAUUACAGUCAUUAGAGAUUCAAAUGUGGUCCAGUUGGAUGUAGACUCUGAAGUGAACCAUGUGGUUGGACCCCUGAACCCAAAACCGGUUGAUCACAGAGAGCCUGUGUUUGUUGGAGGUGUUCCAGAGUCUCUGCUGACACCACGCUUGGCCCCCGGCAGACCCUUCACAGGCUGCAUCCGUCACUUCGUGAUUGACGGGCGCCCAGUGAGCUUCAGCAAAGCAGCCCUGGUCAGCGGCGCCGUGAGCAUCAACUCCUGCCCGGCAGCCUGACCCAGCAGAGCAGAGCUGCCCAAGUACCAUGUUCUCUAGAGCACUGAAGGGAACACAAAGCCAGCCAGGAGGAAUAGCAACUCUUCCUCCUGGUGGGAGCUUUCAUCUAGUUGAGCAGGACUUGAGUGAAUCAUCAGGGACUGGAUGUUUAUUAUUUCUCAUUUGGGUUCUUACCUUGGAUCUAAAAUUUCUUCAAUGGACAACAAUCAAAGGAGUGUUAAACUUACUUGUAUUGUAUUACUUCCUGCUGGUGAAAUUACUGUUCCUGUUUCUAAUAAAAUAGAAGGGAUUCUAAAUAAACACUGGCACACAUUUCUAAAGUG